AUGCCGCUCUGUCUCACAUUCAUCGACUUGAAGAAGGCUUUUGACUCAGUUGAGACGGAAACGGUCGUGGAAGCCUUGGACAACCAGGGCGUCCCUCCUCAGUACAUAAAAAUACUUCGAGAGUCGCACAGUAACUUCACGACAGGAAUUUCGCUAUUCUACAAGAACAUCAUCAUUGACGUGAAGAGGGGAGUCCGACAGGGUGAUACAAUCUCACCCAAAAUAUUCACAGCCACCCUCGAGAACGCAAUGCGAAAGUUGGAAUGGGACGACAUGGGAAUGAAGGUUGAUGGUCGGCUGCUACACCAUUUGCGCUUUGCUGAUGACAUCGUAUUGAUAACACCUAGCAUCAGCCAAGCGGAACGAAUGCAGACCGAGUUCGACGAAACAUGUGGAUGCAUCGGUCUUCAGCUGAAUCUGCAAAAGACGAUGUUCAUGCGGAACGGAUGGGUCUCGGAUGCCCCAUUCACGCUCAGCGGAACGAACAUAUCCGAAUGCACCAGCUAUGUUUAUCUGGGUCAGGAAUUGAACAUGAUGAACGACCUGACCUCCGAGCUGGGCAGGAGGAGAAGAGCGGCUUGGGGAGCGUACAAGAGCAUCGAGGAUGUAGUACAAGAGCAUCGAGGAGAAGAAGACCAGGAACACCCGGCUUCGUGCUCACCUCUUCAACACCACCGUACUUCCUGCUUUGACCUAUGCUUCGAAAACCUGGGCAUUUUGCAAGCAGGAAGAAAACGCGGUGAGCGUCAUUGA